AUGGAGAAACCGGUGGUUGAUGGGGAGCGCCUAGAGCGUGGCCCUGCGCGCCGUGCGGAGACGGAUGAUGUGAGGGCGAGGGCGAGGGCGAGGGCGGGGCUGGGCUGGGCGGGGCUCGACGAGGGCGGGGCCAGCGAGGCAGAGAUGGGGAAGAGGGAGGAGGGGGGAGAGGGGAAUGCUACGCAGUCGGUCGUGUGGUGGCAGAGGGCAGCUGCGGGGGCGUCGAAACCUCGGGGUCAGGGCGACGGCGACGGCGACGGCGACGGCGAGGGGCGUGUUGGGGUGCUGGGGUGUUUCAGGCGCAGAGGCAGGGCGUGGGGGUGGCGAGGCAAGGCGAGGCGAGGCGAGGACGCGGGGCAGAAGCGCGGGGGCUGA